AUGGCGAUUUUAAUUCUCUCGUCCUGUCCAUCAAAUCGUACGGCAACUCGAAGAACUUGGGCGAGGAAAGUCCAUGCGAGGAUAGAACGGAACAGGGACCUGAAAGAAAGCUUGCAUCUGUGGAAUCUUGUGAUCGAGACGUAUGGAAAGUGCGGCAGCGUGGAGGAGGCUCGAGCGGUGUUUGAUCGGAUCAGCGACAGGAACUUGGUGUCGUGGAACAUCCUCCUUGCGGCAUAUGCCCGAAACGGGGAUAUUGCUCAGCGAUGGAAGUGUUUAGAGCGAUGCCAUCACCGGAUAUCGUCUCGUGGACAACCGUGGUUGCCGCAUUUGCCAAGGCGGGGUAUCUGCGUCGAGCGACAGAGCAGUUCGAUGCCUCACAAGAAUAUGAUCGCGUGGAACGCUAUGAUCACGGGUCAUGAAAAGGCUGGAUUAAUGGAAGAGGAAAAGAAGCUCUUCGAUUGCAUGCCGCUCAAGGAUGUGGUUUCGUGGAACGCUAUGGUGGCGGGAUAUGCCGGAAACGGGAAACUUGAUCUGGCGAGAGAGGUUUUCGAGAGCAUGAUCUUGCGAGACUCGGUGUCGUGGACGACGAUGAUCCGGAUUUACGUUGCUGGAGGAGAGAUUGGCGAGGCCAGAGCUUUGUUCGAGAGGAUGCCGAUGGAGACGGCGAUUCUCCAAGGCCACACCGAGAAUGGAGACUUGGAAGAAGCGAGAGUUUUGUUCGAGAAAAUCCAAUGCCCCGACGCGACUUGUAUAGCACCAUGGACAUGA